AGCCUCCAUUUCUUUUCCGACGACGUACCUCUCCAAGCAGCAGCUUUUCUCGUUCUGUCCGUAAAAGACAAAGAAACAUGUCCGACGAAGGAAAACUUUUCGUCGGUGGCCUGAGCUUCGACACCACAGAGCAAUCUCUUGCAGAAGCUUUCUCCAAGUACGGAAACAUCGCUAAAUGUGAUGUCAUCAUGGACAGAGAAACAGGAAGGCCUCGUGGAUUCGGCUUUGUAAAGUACGACAAUGCCGAGGAUGCUAAGGACGCUAUGGAGGGAAUGAACGGCCAGUCUCUUGACGGCAGAACCAUCCGUGUGAAUGAGGCAGGCCAGGGUGGUGGUCGCGGCGGCGGCGGAGGAGGCGGUGGAUUCCGUGGUUCCCGAGGUGGCGGUGGAUAUGGUGGCGGUGGAGGAUAUAGUGGUGGCGGAGGAUAUGGCGGUGGCGGAGGCCGUAGCUAUGGAGGCGAAGAACGGGGAUACGGAGGUGGUGGCGGAGGCGGAUACAGGAGCGGCGGUGGUGGAGGCCGAGGUGGUGGAUACUCCUCCGGCGGUGGCUACAGGGACAAUAAUUAGGGCCUUGGGAAGCUACGGGGACCUUUUGGGGAAUCCUACAGGGACAGUUACGACAGCUAGUUAUGCUGCAAACGAGUAACACUCCGAUUCAAGAUCAUAAUUUGACUGUCUCUUCAAGAAAUGUCCGUGUUGACCUAAAGACUUUUGUUGUAAUCUUAGUCCUAUUCUCAUGUGUUUUCAAGUAGCUAGCUCGAGUAUCUUUACAUUUAGCCACGUGUGUCGGCCAUUGAUUUACCAUGUUCGUGGUCUUGCCCAAUAACAUUCCACCUGGGAGAGAUUUUGUACAUCUGAUCUUUGUUGAUUUUGUACAUCUGAUUAUUUUUGUUGUCAAUUGUCAUCAUUGAGCCUAUUAAAACGAUUUGUUGAAAAAAAAAAAAGUUCUCACGUCAUUAGUAAAACCAUUUUGCCAUAUCAAAUUAACGAAACAGCGGCGAUCUUAAGAUGUUAUGAAUUGAUGCGUGUUUGUGCACGAAUUUACUCCUUACAGAUGACCACCGGUCGUUUAGCUACGAAAAGGACAACCCACUCGAAAGUCGUCCUUAAGGCAUUUGGUAGAGGUAAAUUCAGACACCGUUAGUCAUAUUUUAAGCUAAAUGACCGCGGGGUGCAUGAAUUUUCUAUAUUCUUGACGCCCAUUCUCAUACAGAACUGGAUACGGAAGUAAAGCGGAACGGGUCAUCACUUCCACGGAGGUGCUUUGAUCAUGUUUAGUUGGCAAAACACUAAGGCAAGAUGGCGCACCAAAAAUAUUUCUACCGAAAUGCCAAAUAAUCCCUCCGUUCAACAGUGCCUUGGUGGGAAAGGUAACCCCACGAUUGACUUUUAUACAUUUUGUUUAGUUGUGGCCAUCUUUGUUUCCCACCUUAGUUGUGGCCAUCUUUGUUUCCCCCCCCCCCUGCCAAAUAAUCGUUCCCACUAGUUGACGCAGCCACAAAGGCAACAUUGGCUAUAUCGGAAACAUGAAUGAAAACACAUUGCUUUUUGGUCUUUAUGGUAUUAAGUUAACCGCGUGGUUCGGUUUAAAAACAGAUUUUAAGAUAAAUUGUAGAAAUGGGCUGGGUUUAUGACUGGCUGGGGUAACUAGUGAUGACCACAAGCUGUCUACCGCCAUUUGGGUUGUAUAGAGAAGUACGCCCAAGAGUUUGGGGGGAAAUCUGACUCGCUGAAAUGCAUGCAAAUGUAGUGUUUUCAUAGACGACAUGCUCUUAUCAAAAAGUGAGUGAAACUUGUCUAAUUGUUUUUAAUAUGGCAGUUGAAAUAAAAUAUUUAAAUCAAGAGACAAAAUAGGAUGCCAAAAAUCAAACUCAAUUUGGGUUUAUUAAAAUGUUUGCCUGAUUAUUGUAAGGGGCUCAGACAGCCUACAAUAAACCCUUAUGAUUGCCUGUUA